GGCUGGCCUCCACACGUGCAAGCUGGCUCUGGCGGUGAAGCUUUGUAUGGUACUGGAUGGGCGCAGAGCUUUUUGAGGGAGCAUCAGUUUCCACAAGACUGCGCUGGUAAAACAUUUGUCGAGCAUGGUAUGUUUCGCUCAGGCAUUGGCUCGAACAUCCACAUUUCCGCAGCAGUGAUGGCUUUUGCGCUGGACAGAGGCAGCAUCUACCUCUGGCCAGAGGACGACUGGGCAAAUCCUUGGACACGAGGAAAGCAGAAAGGCAGCACUGUCGAAUGUCCAGGAGGCGUGAAGGCAAACUCUUACGAAUGUUACCUCAAGCCGGUGAGCUCUUGCAAGCCGACGGGACAAGGUCCCAGGUUCACCGGUGUAAAGCGUGACCGCGGCAAAGAAGACCUGAGAGGCACCGAAAUCGUUCCGCGCGUCUUCAAAGAGCUUCUGAAAUGCUCUAGGUACCCGAAGAAUUAUUGGAUCAAGUGGUGGCGUGCGCAGACCGCCGCCUUCCUCGUGCGACCGAGUUCUGCUACCUUGGACGAGCUGGAGACGCUUAGAAAGGAAAGCCUAGUCGGUGAGAUGAAGGGUGCUGUGAUUGGAAGCUAUGUGCGCCAUGGGGACAAGUACUACGAAGCAAAGGAGUAUGCAUUCAAGGAUUAUGCCCGAAUUUAUUCUUGGAUUCUGGGCACCGAUGCAGAGGUGGAGCGCCGCUGUCCUGAAGCUUCCAAGAUGAUUGCUCCCUUCAGGCAGCAGCUGCCGCGUCUGCAAGCUUCACAGAGGCUGUACCUGGGUUCGGAUGACCCGAGCGUGCUGGAGGAAGCUUCCCGAACUUUCCAUGAGCGGAGGUGUGACGGAUGCCUGGUGUACAUGAACGUCUCUCGGCUAUCGAAGAGGCGCCCGUUGAUGGAAGUGCAGAAGCUUCUUGGAGCUAAGCAGAUUGUCAUGGAGUCCUUGUUGAACCUUCAGCUGCUCAUGGAAGCAGAUGCCUUCAUUUGCACAUGGACGUCCAACUGGUGUCGGCUGGUGGAUGAGAUGCGCAUGACAGUGGGCCUCAAGGCGAAUCACUUAUCCCUAGAGGUGAACAAGCAUUGCCCGCGAUUCAAUUGGGUCCAUGGUGGCGGAGCAGAGACACCAGAUUACCGCUGA